ACCCGUUCCAUACUUAGUUUAGGGGUUUAAGACUUUCAUCUCACAUCAGUUAGAGGUCGCAACUCGCAAGUGAGUGAGAAAAAUGGCGAAAUCUUCAGCGACCAAAGACGCUCAAGCACUUCUCCACUCUCUCCGUUCUGCUUACGCUUCAACUCCCACUAAUCUCAAGAUCAUUGAUAUAUAUGUACUGUUUGCGAUAUUCACCGCUCUAAUUCAG